AUGCUCUGUAACUUGCCAAGCGAAGUGAUGCUUCAAAUUUUGCAUCAUGUAUCGGUUGAAAACCAUGCCGAUCUUAUUCCAAUUGCAAGCACAUGUAGACGAAUGCGUACGCUGGUUGCCGACUGGACAAUAUGGUCAGGGCCUAUCACCAUUGUCAUGGACUCGUCGUCGUCGCCAUACUCUACAAGCCAUUUGCAUCAAGCCAUUGCUGCUGAAUCAUCCUUAGGAGCAGCACCACCACGUGCCACUCAUGUCAAUCUUGCAAUCGAAAAUUCAAAUGCAUGCACACAACUCCCCGACUUGCUUCACUGGUUGUUAAAGAGCGGGGAUAUGAAAAGCCUAGCAUUGUAUACGCCUGCAUCCACGCAUGAAGCCAUUAUCCAAAAUGCAUUUCAACCACGAUCAUUGAAGGAUGGUACCGGUACAACUGAAAGUAGUUUACAGUCCUCCUCCUCCUGUAUUGAAUCCAUCACCCUGAGAGACCCUUUAUUAUCCGAUGCCAUCCUUCUUGAUCAUCAACAACCCAUUAUGCCGCUGGCGGUGACCUACAAAGAUGACUUGAUUCACUGGUUGGCUCAAUCACAGAAAAGUUUGGUCCAUCUUGAUAUGCCAAGUUUACCCAUUGAUUGGUUUACCGAAUACGGAGAAAAUCUUUUCUUUGAAAAACUGGAAACUCUCACUAUCACAGUGACUCAUGGUGAUGGUGGUGGUGGCAAUGAUGAUGAGGAGCAGCAACUACAGGAGCAUGGAUUGGAUGGGAGAAUACUCAAGCAAACCUUUCCCUGUUUAAAGGAACUAACAAUCCACCUACCAUGUGCUGAUCGAUUCUCCUUGUUGCUUCCCCUCUUGAGUGACAAGCAGCUUUACCCCUGGAUCGAGUCGAUUACCGUGAUUUGCCCUGACGAUGACAGGUUACGAAAACGAUUACCCCAAGAAGAUGUGGAGGCCUUACUUGGAUCACUCAAAGGCGUCUCAAGAAUCAAUGCUGGUUGGGAUAUGGUUGUCCUGGACGACAUCUAA